UAUUUUUUUCAGUUUCCAUCCCUCAAGAAAAAGUUUGACUUCAAAGCACAUGAAGGUGAAAUCGAAGACUUGGAUAUGAGUGCAGGAAACAAGCACCUUGUGACCGUUGGUCGGGACUUUACCUGCAACGUUUGGACUGGUAACCAGCUAACAACAAAACUGAACUGGCUUGAAACUAUGCCUCAAAUUGCUGAAAAGUCUUAUCGAUAUCUGGCUUGCAGAUUUGGAAGGGUCGAGGACCAAAAAGAUGCACUGAGGCUUUACACGGUGCAGAUCCCUCAUAAACGAGACAGAAAGCCUCCUCCUUGUUACCUCACGAAGUGGGAUGGUAAGAGCCUGCUGCCAAUGCUGACCUCUUCCUGUGGAGCUGAAGUUCUCUCCGCUGUCGCUGUCAGCGACUCUGGAACGUUUCUCGGACUUGGAACUGUGACUGGAUCAGUAGCAAUUUACAUUGCGUUCUCCCUCCAGAAGCUGUAUUAUGUCCAUGAGUCCCAUGGCAUUGUUGUGACAGAUCUGGCCUUCCUGCCUGACUCCCUGAAAGGCAAAAGCCUGAAGGGGAGGAACGAAACAGCCAUGUUGAGCGUAGCUGUAGACAGUCGCUGUCAAGUCCAUACUGUAGCCAUCCAGAAAUAUUUCCCCAUCUGGCUCGUCAUGAUGUUCUGUGCUCUUAUGGUGGUGGCAGUGGUACUCCUUCUACAAUACCUCUUUCCUGGAUUUCUUUAACUACGUGGCUCAGGGUGCUCCACCACUGACAAAUCUCCAACAGAACUCAGUCCAGACAUCUCCAUGUCCCAGUACUGCACAACCACAGAACCCAGUGAAACCAAACCACAACCCGCUGUUUACUUUCAACAGUGAUUGUUCUCAGUGAGCUUUGGAUUCACUACAAUUUUGAUUUAGUGACUGAUCAAUAGCUGAAAGCUUUUGACAUAAAUAGAAAAAGAGUUGACAAUUUUUUUAAGUUUGUGCUUGAAAAAGAAAUUCAUCAUAAUUCAGAUUGUUCUCUUCUAAGCAUAAUAAACAUGUUAAAAUAUUUGUUAUUGGAAUAACUAACCGUUUACUAUGUCAAUAUACAGAAAUUAGGUCCAGUUUCUUAUGUCAAAAACAGAUCUGCUCUAAGUCCAUGAAAAAUAAAGUGUUAAACUUGAUUAA